AGGUUUCCUARCCAUGGCAAACAAUACUAGUACAACUAACACCGCCUAUAAGAYAUUUUUGCAUAUAACUACGGGUUGUCUAGCCUUUGAGAGUAUUCUCAUCAUUGUCAUCAAUUUACUUGUUUUUGUCCUGUUUGCUAAGUUCAAGAAGCUUCGACGCAAGUCAAACUACUGCUUAGUAAGCCUUGCUCUGUCCGACUUCUUCGCUGGAGUAGUAGUCUUUCCAUUAUUUGUGAUCUGUAACUAURCCGACGACUACUUAACAAGCUGCGUCGCUUUUAAAUUGAUACAUGAUGGCUUGACCUGCACAAGUAUCAUCCAUCUUCUGCUCGCAACCUGUGAUCGCUGUUUCAAAAUAGCAUAUCCUUUCCGAUAUCGUACCAUCUUCACAGAAGCUCGAAUCAUCGCAUUGUUGGUCAUCAUUUGGAUCGUAUCUAUAAGCGUCUCCGUCGCCGAGUACCCAUUUUUAUACGAUAAAAUCUUUGCCACUACUAUGUUGGUUGUUGUCGCCAUUAUUCCAUUUACCAUUAUUGUGGCUCUCAACAUCUACACUAGAUGGCUAAUCGCGUCCAGAAACAAGAACGCWUCGAACCUCGUAGAGACAAAAGCCAAAAACAAAGACAAGAACAAGCAGCAGAAAGUAGUAUGCCUCUACCUAUCGAUGGCCGUCAUUGCUUUCAUGAUGGGCUUGCUUACCUUUUUUAUUCUUGCUAUUUUUGUUGUCCCACCUUUGGUCACCUUGGUGUUUGCCGUAUUCAAAUACUGCGUACACUUUGUAAACCCGCUGAUGUACACGUUUUUUAAGGCGGAUUUUAGAAUGGCAUUCAAGAGGAUGGUUGGCAACGAAGAAGGUUUCGAUCAGAAGAAGCGGAGUACUUCCUCUCAUAGCAAACUUAGCAAAGAGACAGUCAUUUAAAACUCGCCUGUAGCCAAGUAACUAGGGAAGACAGUACAGCGCAAUCAUAGACCAUUGCCAAGCCACUUCAUUGUGCUUCAGACAGGAGCAAAMAUAAUGUAAUGAAAAAAGACAAAAACAAGUGAAAAAAUUCAAAGUGAAAGAGAGAGAAAGAGAAAGAAAGAAAGAAAGAGAGUCUACAAAUAUUGCUAUUUCUUAUUUUGUAAUUUACUUGUGUUUUUUGUGGAUAUGUUUAGAUAGGAAUAAGGAUAAUGCAUUUUACUAAGGYACUUAUUUAAGACAUCUAGUACUAAUAAAGCUGGCGAUAAGAAUUGUGACGGAUUGACACUCCCUGGUGUCAUUAUCAAGAGUGGAUAUUUUUUUUAAGCAACGAGUUUAAAAUCGUUGAAUUUGAAUAGAAAUCACCAUUAUAAUAUGUCAGUCCUCGGAGAUACUCGGAGAUAUCAUUAAGAGGAUUAUCUUUGCCUUGGAAGUCUGAAACUUCAACAACUUAAAUUAAUUUUUACAAAUUAAAACACUCUUAUAAUGACACAUGUCGAAUCGUGAAAUUUUUAUUAAUUAAAAGCUUAGAACUAAAAGGUAAGCUUGUAAUUCAACAUCGGUAUAGUAAAAUUGAGCUUUGUAAUAUUGCCGAUUGAUACAUUUCUGACGAGAAUAUUGUAUAUCUUGAUAUCUGUUUGAGUAUUAAUUCAUUGGAUUUCAUUACAGUA